CCAGUUAGGAGAGGGCCCACCACUAGGACACAUUCUAAUGUGUUAGAGGACUUGAAACCAGAUUUCAGACCAUCAUCAGAUGAAGAAGAUACUGGGUUGCUAUUGGAUAGUGAAGAUGAUGAAUUUGAGCCACUAGCAUUUGUCCUACCAAAAGGAAGGAAAAGUAGGGCCAUGAAAAGGCCAGCAAGUAUAUGGUAUAAUGAAAAACUGGAGCAAACACAUCAACAGUUAUGUAUGCACAUGUGUUUCAAAAAUCAGCAACAAUUCAGAGAUGCUCUGUUGAGCUUGCACAUUACACAGGCCAGAAAUUUCAGGUAUCAUAGAAACUCAGACAAAAGGAUAAUUGUUUGCUGCAAACAAGAGCAUUGUCAGUUCUUCAUAGUUGCAGCAGUUAUCAAAGGGGAGAAGACAUUUGCAAUAAAAAAAUGAGGCUGCAGCACACUUGCCCUAGCACUACAGAGACAUCAAGGGUUAGUGCAAAGUGGCUUGCACAGACAUAUGAGUCCCUGUUCAGGUCUGAUCCAAACACAAGUAUUUUGGCUCUGAUUGACAAGUGCAAUGAGAAGUAUGGUGUUGAUGUGCCCAAGCACAUGGCCUAUAGGGCCAAAAACCUUGCUGUAGAGGUUGUUUUAGGAGAGCACAAGAAACAGUAUCCCAGGCUGAGGGACUAUGCUCAAACAAUCAUGGAUACAAACCCUGGGAGUAGAGUUAUAGUUAGAACUGUAACCCCAAAACCUACUACAAAAAUACCACAUCCAGGACCAAGGUUUCAUGCUAUGUUCUUCUGCAUCUAUGGAGCAAGGGAGGGCUUUCUUAGUGCAUGCAGACCAUUCAUAGGUUAGUGACAUGUUUUAUAUGAUGUAUAUGCUUUAUUUUAGUGCUUUAUUUAGUAGGUUAGUAGUGUUAUAUAGUGAGUAAAAUAGCUCCUUGCUUUUAUAUGACAUAUAUAGAAUUGUGUAUAAAUUUUUGUAGAUGACAUAUAUAGAAUAGUUAGUUACUGAAUUUGGUCUUACAAAUGCAAUAUAGGUGUUGAUGGCUGCUUUAUUAAGCUCACCACUGGAGCUCAAAUACUUGCUGCCACUGGCAGAGAUGGCAACAACAACAUUUUCCCACUGGCAUUUGGUAUUGUUGGACAAGAGGAUACAGCAAAUUGGUGUUGGUUUCUGCACCAACUGAAGAUAUGUCUAGGAGGAGAAGUUGGACAAUUUGGUCCUUAUACUAUCAUGUCUGAUAGACAGAAGGGCCUACUAAAUGCAAUUUCUCAAGUAUUUCCCAACUGCCACCAAAGAUUUUGCCUUAGACAAUUGUAUGCAAACUUCCAGAAUGCUGGGUUUAGGGGAGAAGAUCUUAAGAAAUGCAUGGAUAAUGCUAGUUAUGCUUAUAACCAAUACAAGUUUGCCAUUGCAAUGAAUGAUCUAAAAAAUGAGAGUGAGGAAGCUUGGAAGUGGCUGAGUGGAAUACCUGCAAGAUUCUGGGCUAGGCAUGCUUUUGACACAAAUUGUAAGACAGACUUGGUUGUUAACAACCUAUCUGAGCUGUUCAACAAGUACAUCCUUGAUUUUAGGAAAAAAACCUAUUAGGACUAUGAUUGAUGGUAUUAAGAAUAAGCAGAUGGUGAGGUGGCAUAGGAAUAGAGAGAGUGGAAAGGAAACUCUGUGGGAGAUCACACCCUAUUAUGCUGAGAAGUUAGAGGUGGAAAAGGAAAGGGCCAGAUUCUGUAAACCCAUUCAAGCUGGUGUUAAUCUAUGGCAAGUAACCAGUGGGCAGCAAACACAUGCUGUCAACUUGGCACUUCAUACAUGUGGUUGCAGAAAGUGGGACCUGAGUGGGACACCAUGCAACCAUGCAAUAUCAGCAAUUAACAAGGCAAAAAGGUUUCCAGAGGACUAUGUAUGUGAAUUCUUCAAAAAACCAUUUUACCUAGCAGCUUAUGAACCAAUGAUAUAUCCUGUUCCUGGUGAACAUGAUUGGACAAAGACAACAGGACCAGACAUAGAGCCACCUAAAUUUCAUGUGAAGAAAGGAAGAAAGAGAGAAAAGAGGAUAAAGGGCAGAUUUGAGGUUCCAAAGCCAAAGGAGAGUUCAAGAAUGGCCACUAUAACAUGCAGCAACUGUGGGCUGCAAGGCCAUAGAUACACCAGCUGCAGCAAACAAUUGAAACCAGAGUUGGCUUUGAGAAAAAAUAAGCAUGUGGUAAGCACCUUGUUAACUAGUACUAUGUUUUGUAUUUAUUGUAUGUUUCCUUCUCUUCAUGUUUCCUUCAUUUUUGCAAGGCAUCUAGAAGACCAAGGAAUGUUGAUGAAGCAAGGGCACAGGCUGCACCAGCAAGGGCAGAGGCUGCACCAGCAAGGGCACAGGCUACACCAGCAAGAGGAGAGGCUGCACCAGCAAGAGCACAGGCUGCACCAGCAAGAGCACAGGCUGCACCAAGAGCUGGUGCAAGGCAUGGUGCUGCAAGGCAUUCAAGGCCUUUCUCUGCACCAAGAGCUGCUGCUGGGGCUUCCACUUCUGGUGCUUCCACUUCUGCUGGCCCUACAACUCAUACUGGAUGGAUGUCCUUUUUAACUGCAAGUGGAAAUACCUGAGUGUCAUGUGUCAUGUUUCUAAACUAUGGCAGUUAUGCCCAAGAGAUGAGGGGGCAAGUUAUGUAUGUUUGAAACCAGUUAUAAUUUUGGGUUGACA